AUGUGCUUCGUCUACAAUAACGCUAAAUUCAACAUCGCCGCUGCAGCAGCGCGUGACGGAGAUAGCGGUUUCUUACCAGAGAGAUUGAGUGUUAAACUUGGCCAUUUUCUUCGCUCAGAAAUAAAGACUAUAGCGAGAACCUUAUGGAUUCGAUCGUCUCUUCAAAUCGGACACGCAACUGGAGAAGUGGGUAUUUCUCUAUCAUGUCCACUUUUUGGCAGGGCCUGGGUACUCCAAGAAAGUAUUUUGGCGGCUCGGACGCUGAUAUACUCACCUGUUGGCGUGCACUUUCGAUGUCGCAUGAGCAAAAGAUCUGACGAAGACCCAGCGAAAGAUGCAGGAGAUCUUGAUAUCUUUGUUGAAAAUUUACCACUUAGUUGUUACUCUUAUCCAGAUUCCGAGGACACAGAUAUUUUAUGGGAUGCAAUGUUCGUAGGUGCCCACAUAGACUUCGUUUCCAAUCACUAUGGGCCAGUGAAAGUUGGAUCAAUCACUUUCAAAGGUCAUCUUCUUAAGAUUGAUAUUGCUUGCUUCGUAAGUCCAUUUCGAGAAAACAUCGCUGUGUACAACGGGCUGGCAUUAGGAACGUUUUACGCUGAUGCAAAAUUGGAUUUAAGGAAAAAAUACUGGGUCCAUCUAUUAGAAUAUGAGCGUCGCAAGAUCACCGUCAAAUCUUGGAGUUCGGCGAAAGAAUUCACUUUGGUGCUGUUGAAGCAGAGAGAUGGAAUGGAGCGAAGAAUCUGCCUGGGAUUGAUUUUGAUGGGUUUCGGGUGUGGCUCAUUCAAACGUGAUGCAUACUUCCAGAAAUUUGAUGCAUUAUGGCCACCUAAGACCAGAGACGUCGUAAUCUAG